AUGCCGUCCGCAGUCCUCCGCAACGUCGCCGACAUCCCCACCAUCGCCCGCCUCUACGCAGCAGGCCGCCUCUCACCACCCGCCGCAGCCCCAGCCCUGCGCAACCCCUCCGCGGCACUCAACCGCCGCAUCAGCCUCCUCCGCGCAGACAUCACCACCCUGCCCGUCGACGCCAUCGUCAACGCCGCCAAGAACUCCCUCCGCGGCGGCGGCGGCGUCGACGGCGCAAUCCACUCCGCCGCCGGCCGCGCCCUCGUCGCCGAGUGCCUCGCCAUGUACCCCGACGGCUGCGACACCGGCGACGCCGUCAUCACCGCCGGCCACAAGCUCCCCGCCAAGCACGUCAUCCACACCGUCGGCCCCGUCUACCAGAGCCAAGCCGCCAGCGAGCCCCUGCUCAAGAGCUGCUACGAGUCCUGCCUCGACGUCGCCGUCGAAAACGGCUGCGCUACCAUUGCCUUCAGCGGCGUCAGCACUGGUAUCUACGGCUAUCCCAGCGAGAAGGCGGCUCACGUGGCCUGCAGAACCGUCAGGGACUUUCUCGAGGAGGGGGACGACGAGGGCAAGAUUGAGCGUGUCAUCUUUGUUACGUUUCUGGACAAGGAUGUGAAUGCCUACAAUGCCGUGUUACCCCUAUAUUUCCCCCCCGAUGAAAGUGAGAUGAAUCAGCCAAGUCAGCCUAGUAGCAACUAA